AUGUCAGAGAAAGUGAACAGAAUCUUAAUGUUUGUUGUGACUGGAGAAUUUGUAGUGGGGAUCCUAGGGAAUGCAUUCAUUGGACUAGUAAACUGCAUGGACUGGAUCAAGAAAAGGAAAAUUGCCUCCAUUGAUAUGAUCCUCACAAGUCUGGCCAUUUCCAGAAUUUGUCUCUUGUGUAUAAUAUUAUUGGAUUGUUUCACGUUGGUGCUAUAUCCAGAUGUCUAUGCUACUGGUAAACAAAUGAGAAUCAUUGACUUUUUCUGGACACUAACCAACCAUUUAAGUGUCUGGUUUGCCACCUGCCUCAGCAUCUUCUAUUUCCUCAAGAUUGCGAAUUUCUUCCAUCCUCUUUUCUUCUGGCUGAAGUGGAGAAUUGACCGCCUGGUUCUAAAGAUCCUACUGGGGUGCUUGGCCAUCUCCGUUUUUAUUAGCCUUCCUGUCACAAGGAAUCUGAACAAUGAUUUCAGGCUUUGUGUCAAGGCCAAGUGGAAAAGAAACUUAACGUUGAAAUGCAGAGACAGUAAAGCUCAAUAUGCCUCCAUUAAGAUCUAUCUCAACCUGUUAACGUUUUUCCCUUUUACUGUGUCCCUAAUCUCAUUUCUGCUCUUGAUCCUCUCCCUGUGGCGACACACCAAGCAGAUGCAGUUCACUGCCACCGGCUGCCAAGACACAAGCAUGCAAGCCCACGUGGGAGCCAUGAAAGCUGUCAUCUCCUUCCUCCUUCUCUUCAUUGCAUACUAUUUGGCCUUUCUUGUGGCCACAUCCAGCUACUUUCUACCAGAGACUGAAUUAGCUGUGAUGGUUGGUGAGUUGGUAGCUCUCAUUUACCCCUCCAGCCACUCAUUUAUACUAAUUAUUGGAAACACUAAAUUAAGACAAGCAUCUCUACAGGUGCUAUGGAAAGUAAAGACUACCUUCAAAAGAAGAAAUUUCUAA